AUGUCCCUGCAGAGCAUGGCCACAGAGAGGAGCACUUGGAGAAGCUUGAGCCUAAGAAGAACCGAGAUGGCUGGCGUUGACGAGCCUCCCUUCGGCGACGGUCGCGUACAGCUCGUGAGCCUUCUCAACGCAGCGAUCGCGGCGGCGGUGUACAUACUGCACUACGAAAGCUUCAGGAUCACCGCGGGCGUCAUGGACCACUGGUGCAGCCGCCCCGAGGAAUUCGGCAACCUCAGCGUCACGCAGUGGAAGGAGCUGGCCAUUCCCAUCGACGAGAACGGCGUGUACAGCCGCUGCACCGUACGCGAACCGCCUUUCGGCGUAGCGAACAACCACGUCGUUCCCUGCGCUUCGUGGGAGUUCGACCUGGACAAGUACGGAAACAACAUAGUCAGCGAGUGGGCGCUGGUAUGCGACCGAGCGUGGCUUAUCGUGCUGGCCAGGCUCGCCUACGCCGCCUCCUGCAUCGUCUCCACGCCCCUGGUGUCCAGGCUCGCGGAUCGCGCCGGUCGCAAGCUGGUCGUUUUCGGCACCAUUCCGGUGGUUCUCAUCACGGGCGUCGCGAGCAGCCUUCCGAACAACUUCCAGUUCUUCGUCAUCGUCCGCGCCGUGGUGUCAGCGGCGACGAGCUGCACUGUGCCACCGCUGCUCGCAAUCCUCUGGGAAGUGAGUCCGCCGCGCAAGGCGCCCUUGUACUGCGUCAUCUCAAUUCUGGUCACGUUGGUCGUCUCCGACAGUGCGGUGGCCGCCGCGGAAGCGCUCAAGACCGGCUGGGCCACGCUUCAGCUAUUCCUCAUGGUGCCGACGUUCCUGCUUGUCGCCCUGUACUUCACUUUAGAAGACUCUCCCAGCUGGCUCGUUGCCACAGGCCACGCGGUAGAAGCUGAACGGGUGUCGGUGCAUCUGGCCAGGUCCAACGGAGUGACCAUGACCCGCUGCCGUGAACUGUUUGCCCUGCAGUACAAGACGCAGCAGCGUGAUGAGGAGGAGGCGGUAGAACAGACCAACGCCUGCGGCCCGCGCCUCAGAGGCCGUACCGUUCUCAUUUUGUACAUGUGGACGGUGUUCGCCUACGUGCACGACAGCUACGUCACCAACGACGGAAUACCCGUGAGCGGCCCGGUGAAGCUUAUCGCCGCCGUCAGUUCCCUCACCGUGUGUCUCUUGUUCACACGCUGGGUGGUUCAGUACGGCCCCAAACGCACCGUUGUUGCCAACGGGCUCCUCUUCAGCGCCUCGUUGGCCGCCACUACUGCCACUUCAGCGAACGAUCAGAUGGUCCGCAACGUCCUAACUGUCGUCACAAGAGUGAGCAGCUACAGCCUUCUCUUGAAUUUCAGCAUGCUGACCCUCCAGCUGUACCCUGUCACUGCACGUUGCGUCGCCAUGGCCAUUGCUAUCGUCUCCAGCCGAGUGGGCGACACCUUGGCGCAGACAAGCACCACUCUCAUUGGGCCUACUUGGCAUACGGGCAACGGUCUUGUCAUCGCCGCUGUGACCAUGGCACUAUUCGUGAUAGCCGGCGAGUACCUUCCAGACGAGAACAAGACGAGUGCUUUGGCCGUGUCUUUAAGUCGCAGGCGCAGCUCGGCAGGUGAAGAACUAAGGCGAGCUUUUAGAGAUACUCUCAAGCCGCUGCAAAUGAAACGCCCGAAACCGAGUGAUAAGAGGCCGCGUAAGAAUUAA